CAUUCUCCAUUUCGCCAUUUUCUUCCUCUCCACCGGCGAUUAGGCUCUUGUUGGAUUCGUGACCAUCUCUUGCACUCUCAUCCUAGACCUGCCAACCUAGACUAGUCCUUCUUUAGAGCCUAAACAUCCUACACUGAAGCCUUCUAGCCUUUCUGCUUUUAGUUUUUAGUGUCCUAAACGUGCAAGAAGAAUGUCUGCCCAGAACCCCGAGUACUCUCCCUUCUUCGCAGUGAUGGGUGCCUCAGCAGCAAUGGUGUUUAGUGCAUUGGGUGCUGCAUAUGGUACAGCCAAGAGUGGCACAGGCAUUGCUGCCAUGUCCGUGAUGCGACCGGAGCUGAUUAUGAAAUCCAUCAUUCCCGUGGUCAUGGCGGGUAUCAUUGCUAUCUACGGCCUGGUAGUGGCUGUUCUCAUUGCCAACAACAUCUCUGAGAAUGUCACGCUCUACAAGAGUUUCCUGCACCUUGGUGCCGGGCUGAGCGUUGGUUUGAGCGGUCUUGCGGCCGGCUUCGCCAUUGGAAUUGUGGGCGAUGCAGGUGUUAGGGGCACAGCCCAGCAGCCUCGCUUGUUUGUGGGAAUGAUCCUCAUCCUCAUUUUCGCUGAGGUUUUGGGGCUCUACGGGCUGAUUGUUGCUCUUAUCCUUUCCACCAAGGGUUAAUUGUUGCUCGUAUUCUCUGUACAUGUUAACAUUCAUCAACAACACACACACACCAACACAAACAUCCUCCUGAGAAAACACGUUGAGUAAAUUCACCACCAGAAACAAUGAGAGAGUUUUUGCGUGCAUGCGUGUAUUGUGAGUGUGCUGUUUGCGAGUGAAUGCGUGAUUGAAUUUCCUCUCUAUGUAUAGUAGCCCGAUGUGCGUCCCCCCUGUAAAUGCGCUGUGUAGCUAUUGCUCUUGUCCUGUAUGUGUGCGUGCGUGCGUGUGUGUGUUUUGAUCGAUACACAAUUUCUCCUGUACUACACCAGGUUGUCAUCAUUCUUUUAUUUUGUCAUCAUUUUAUUCUUACUGAAGAACAAAUCAGCGGUUUUGUUUUCUCAAUUUUGGGACCAUUCAAAUACUGUCACUGAUGUUGAGGACCUAGAUGUAAAAAAGAUGGAUUAUUGCUGUUUGUUUUUUUGUUUCUGCUGAUUAUUUAUGAAGAUUUUUGAAAUGUUCAUUAAACAGUUUAAAUGGAUUAAAGUCUUUAUUGAAAUCCUGA